UCCACAUCUAUCCGAACUAAAAAUUCCCUCCUUCCCUCCCUCCCUCGUGUUCUGCUCUCAAUUUCACUUUCUCUCUCUACAUUUCUCAGAUCCCCCUCACAAUCUCUAUCUCUCUCUUCAAAUCCAUUACUCUUUUUGAUGUCCGGUGCUCAGGCUUCCAAAAGCCCUGCGGCGGCGGCGGCGGCGGUGGUGCCGAUGAAGCGGCACCUUCUGUUCUCGUCGAUGAAGCCGCCGUUCGUUCCUCACGAGGAUUACCAUCGGUUCUCGUCCUCCUCGAGGGAGACUCACAGAGUCGAUGCCGAUCAGGUUGCUGAAGCUAUUGUUGUGAAAUCUCCGCAAUUGAAGCGGAAGAGUGCAACAGACCAUAAUGAAGUUGUGUCAAGUGACUGGACUAGCAGUCCUGGAUGCACUAAUAUAGCUAACAGCCCCCUGCGGACACCUGUAUCUGGAAAAGGAGGAAGGGUAUAUGGCCGGUCAAAAGCCUCAAAAAGCAACAGAUCUGGGCCUCAGACCCCUCUGUCAAAUUCUGGUUGUCCCUCUCCUCUUACUCCUGCUGGUAACUGCCGUUAUGAUAGCUCCCUAGGGCUUUUGACGAAAAAGUUCAUCAAUCUGAUUAAGCAUGCAGAAGAUGGUAUUCUAGAUUUAAACAAUGCUGCUGACACCUUGGAGGUGCAAAAGAGGCGAAUUUAUGACAUCACUAAUGUCCUUGAAGGAAUUGGUCUUAUUGAGAAGAAGCUCAAGAACAGAAUUCGUUGGAAAGGACUUGAUGCUUUAAGACCAGGGGAGGUUGAUGAUGAUAUUACCAUGUUACAGGCAGAAGUUGAAAAGCUUUCUAUGGAAGAGCGCAGAUUAGAUGAUCGCAUAAGAGAAAUGCAGGAGAGAUUGAGGGAUUUGAGUGAAGAUGAAAACAAUCAAAAGUGGCUUUUUGUGACUGAAGAGGAUAUCAAGGGCCUACCUUGCUUUCAGAAUGAAACUCUAAUAGCAAUCAAAGCUCCUCAUGGGACCACUCUUGAAGUUCCAGAUCCAGAUGAGGCUGUUGACUAUCCACAGAGGAGAUAUAGAAUAAUCCUUCGAAGCACAAUGGGUCCCAUUGAUGUCUACCUUGUAAGCCAAUUUGAGGAGAAGUUUGAGGAGAUGAAUGGUGGUGAGCCAUCCAUGAACUUUCCCAUUGCUUCGAGUUCAGGCUCCAAUGAAAAUCCAGCAACAGAGACGACCACAGGAAGCAUUGGUGUAGAGAUUGAACCACGGGCACAAGACGGUCAUGGAUUGAGCUCUGAUCUGAAUGUUUCACAGGAUUAUGCUGGGGGCAUCAUGAAAAUUGUCCCCUCUGACAUCGAUAAUGAUGCAGAUUACUGGCUCCUAUCAGAUGCAGACGUUAGCAUUACUGACAUGUGGAAGACAGAUGCUGUUGUUGAAUGGGAUGGAGUUGAUAUACUUCACGAGGAGUUUGGAAUGGCUGAUACUGGUACUCCACGGCCACAGACUCCACUGUCUGGUGUUGCUGAUGCUGAUGUUAACAUCACACAAAGGUGAUCUGGGAUUUUGCAAUAUGUUAACUUGAGCAACUAAUGGCUAUCUCAUUAUAACUUGUCAUUGCCAUCAAUUUCUAUUGUGUUGCUAACUCAAUGCUAGAGUUGGGUUUGAAUGAUGGCAAUGGGGUUGCCUAAGAAAUAUACACAAGAGAAGUUUUUUGAGGAAAAUGAGGGCAUUGCAAGGUAGAGGUAACUGCUAUACUGUACAUUUGGUGCCUGUUUGAUUUGGCCGGAUUAUCAGUGGUAUUGGGAUUACAAAUCUGUGGGACUCACUUUCCACCAUUUUGGUUGCAAUUUUAUUGCCCGGAUUUGGUAACCAUUGGACACAAUCCCACAAAAAUGUAGGAUAUUUAGUACGAGUUGGGUUGCAGCAUUUGAGAUGAUAAAGUAAAUGAUGUUUUGGAAUUGUUUUGAUUAUUUUUUAGAUAAUGGUCACUCUUUAUACA